AUGUAUCAUCUUUCAAGGAUGUUGCCGCAACGUGUGUUUGGAGAGCCAGAGAUGAAAUACAUAGCAAACAUGCACGGCAAUGAACCCAUUGGUCGAGAGCUCCUUAUUCACCUCGCCGAAUACCUAUGUAUGCAAUACUACAAGAAGGAUUUCAGGAUACAACGACUGGUCAAUGAGACUAGGUUACAUAUCUUAUUUUCGAUGAAUCCAGACGGCUUUCAGGAAGCCUACGAGCUCUUCAAUUCUUCUCAGGGACUGUCGCUGCCUUUCUACGGAAGAACGAAUGCGAAUGGAGAGGAUCUUAACAGAAACUUUCCUAACCUCAACAACAUGGCGUACGAGAGCGAGCGUCUAGGAGGCCAAAAUCAUCAUUUCAUUCCACUCAAAUCGGAUCUUUUAAAGCUUCAGCCCGAGACAGCCAACCUUCUAAGAUGGAUAAGCGACUACCCAUUCGUGUUAUCGGCCAACCUCCACGAAGGCGAGAUGGUUGCCAACUACCCUUACGACACGAGCAGAAGCAGAAGAAGUUUCUACACCGCCAGUCCCGACGAUGCUGUCUUCAAGCAUCUUGCAGAGACCUACGCUACCAAACACGCCUUCAUGAGCACCAGGACGGAACCUUGCCCCUACUCGGGUGCAGAGGUCUUCAACGGGGGCAUCACCAAUGGCGCUGAUUGGUACUCCAUCAAAGGAGGUAUGCAGGACUACAACUACCUGGCUACGAACUGUUUUGAGAUCACGGUCGAGAUGGGAUGCCUCAAGUUUCCCCCAGCAAGCAGGCUACCAGAUCUCUGGGAUGAUAAUAAAGAAGCACUCAUAGGAUUCAUGGAACGGGUACACAUCGGAAUAAAAGGAAAGGUUACUGACACUAAAGAACAGCCGAUUCCAGAUGCCGUUAUCAAAGUAACGGGGCCAGCAAUAAAUCAUGACGUCACUACAGCUAUCGAUGGUGACUUCUGGCGACUCUUGAUGCCCGGUCUCUACACAAUCACAGCCACCGCUCCAGGUUACGAGCCCCAGAGUCGCGUUGCAACCGUCAAGAGGAACAGGUCUACUUGGAUGACUUUUACCCUCCACAAGGAAGAACCCAAACCGGAGUGCAUCGAAGAGGAGGAGGACGAACUCGACAAUGCGAACAUCCUCUUCGAGAUCAAAGAAGCUUUCAAGGAUAUGGGAUACGCUAAAAAGAAAGGCUGUGCACCAGAACGUCCGAGAGAGCAAGUAAACAGAGGACCGCUCCUUGCUACGACCUGAAACAAAGAAGAACAGACACUGAAUUUAGUGAUUGCGACUACAGCAUAAAACAAAUAGCGAUAUUUUUGUAUUGAAGAUGACAAAAAAAUUAUUAGCAUUUAAAUUAAUGCGAUAUGCGUACUGGAAUCUGUUCUACUUUAGCAGUAUUUUGUAGACAUUUUGGGACUUAGGCUUCUUUUUAAUGCUUGUCCUGCCAGGUAUGAUGAUAUAUUUUAUUUCCACUGGAAAUUCUCGUAGAUGGUCAGUAAUUCUCAGAUCAUCUGAUAUCAUCAUGGCUUAACCCGCUUCGUCUGCUAUCAGUUGACCAGUUUGGAGUUACUUCAUGGGCAAUUAUGGCCAAAUGACCUUAUUUCUUUCAUUAUGAUAGGCAGAUUUUAAAGCAAGAUAUUACGUAAGCAUGCCUUACAUAGCAAGAUGGAGAAAUGGAAUCGCACAAUAACGUCGUUGGCCUAUUAGAGUGCUAACAGUAAGCCCAGUCACAUCUCCCACAUAGUGAAGUCAAAACAUUUAUUUCAAUGUGAAAGUAAUGCAUUGUCGCUGCCACAACAACUGGUUGUAACAAGGCCUCUGUUUGCGUAUUGUUAGCUCUAACAACGUUUCUGUGCGAUCGUAUUAUAGGUGAAUGGAAUAGCACACCAAUGAACACUCUAUGAAGGUAUUUGUUCCAUUUCUGCUUUGAAUGCAGCAUGCUGUACAAUGUACUUGGCAAACUGUGAAAUUCCAGUCGUUCGUGGACGCAUUGUUUUUGUUAUGUGUGUGGAUGUAA